CGGUUCUUAGGAACCAAAACUGUACAUCGAUCGUUCACUAUCAGAAGGUGGGUUUCGGAAAUAAAGACGACUGUACGUCAGAAGCACUGUUGUUUACGGAGCAUUUCUGACACAUUCAUGGGUAUUUAGUGAAUUCAGGAGCCGGUUCGGCGUCUUUGGAACGCAUCAUCAUAACCCAGUACAUCUGCUUUAGUUCCAAUCUCUCGCGGUAACCUUCCAGUUCAGACUGCCUUCAGCUGGACCAGACAAGGCGGAAGUGUUCAGACAGAUUCUCAGUUUCAUACUGCUGCCUGUUUUAGGAACUGAGCAUCAAUGGUGAUCGGAAACAUGACAACAGUUGUAGAGCAGGCUGCCAGCAAGCUGCUCAACUUCAAUGAAAAACUGGACAUCAACUUGCUGGAUAAUGUCGUUAGCUGCAUGUAUACUGGAGAGGGACCACAGCAGCAGCGUAUGGCACAAGAGGUGUUGACUCAUCUGAAGGAACAUCCUGAUGCUUGGACAAGGGUGGACACAAUCCUGGAGUACUCACAAAACCAACAAACCAAGUACUAUGCUCUCCAGAUCUUGGAAAACGUCAUCAAGACAAGGUGGAAAGUUUUACCUCGCAGCCAAUGUGAAGGGAUAAAGAAGUACACUGUUGGGUUGAUCAUCAAGACAUCACAGACACAGGAGAAUUUGGAUAAAGAAAAAACAUACCUGGGAAAACUGAACAUCAUCUUGGUGCAGAUUUUGAAACAUGAGUGGCCAAAGAAUUGGCCAACCUUCAUCAGCGACAUUGUUGGUGCCAGUAAGACCAAUGAAGCUCUGUGCCAAAACAACAUGUUCAUCCUUAAGCUGCUCAGUGAGGAGGUGUUUGAUUUCUCCAGUGGACAGAUGACACAAGUGAAGGCCAAACAUCUCAAGGAUAGCAUGUGUAAUGAAUUUUCUCAGAUCUUCCAACUGUGCCAGUUUGUCAUGGACAACUCCCAAAAUGCACCUUUGGUGGCAUCGACGUUGGAAACAUUGCUGAGGUUCCUCAACUGGAUCCCACUGGGCUACAUUUUCGAGACCAAACUGAUUUCAACUUUGAUAUACAAGUUCUUGAAUGUGCCAAUGUUCAGGAAUACUACCAUGAAGUGCUUGACUGAGAUAGCUGGUGUAAGUGUUAGCCAGUAUGACGACCAGUUUGUGAUGCUGUUCACCCUGACAAUGCAGCAACUUAAGCAGAUGCUUCCUCUAGCUACAAACAUCAAAGUGGCAUAUGCACAGGGCAAAGAUGAUGAGCAGAACUUCAUCCAGAACCUGAGCCUGUUCUUAUGCACCUUCCUGAAGGAGCAUGGGCAGCUGGUGGAGAAAAACCCAGAGUUACAUCCUAUCCUGCUGGAGAAGAGCAAAAUCUACCCGUCUGCUGACGAAAAACAGAUGAUUUUAUCGGCAUGGCCUAAUGUCUUGUUGCAGGCCCUGCACUACCUUGUUCUGAUCUCAGAGGUGGAUGAGAUAGAAAUUUUCAAGAUCUGCCUUGAGUACUGGAACACACUGGCGGCAGACUUGUACAGGGAGAGCCCCUUCUCAUCCACCACCUCUCCCCUCCUCCUGGGCGGUCAACAGCCAGAAGUCCCUCUGCGUAGACAGCUCUAUCUGCAGGUGCUUUCAAAGGUGAGGCUGGUGAUGGUGAGUCGGAUGGCCAAGCCUGAGGAGGUGCUGGUUGUGGAGAACGAGCAGGGAGAGGUCGUCAGGGAGUUCAUGAAGGACACAGACUCCAUCAACCUGUACAAGAACAUGAGGGAAACACUAGUGUACCUGACUCACUUGGAUUAUGCAGACACAGAACGGAUUAUGACAGAGAAGCUUCACAAGCAGGUGGAUGGAACAGAGUGGUCAUGGAAAAACCUCAACACACUUUGUUGGGCUAUUGGCUCCAUCAGUGGGGCAAUGCAUGAGGAGGAUGAGAAAAGAUUCCUGGUUGCUGUCAUCAAGGACUUGCUAGGUCUGUGUGAGCAGAAGAGAGGGAAAGACAACAAAGCCAUCAUUGCAUCCAACAUCAUGUAUGUGGUUGGACAGUAUCCCAGGUUCCUGAGAGCUCACUGGAAGUUCCUCAAGACCGUUGUCAACAAACUAUUUGAGUUCAUGCAUGAAACCCACGAAGGUGUGCAGGACAUGGCCUGUGAUACAUUCAUCAAGAUAGCUCAGAAAUGCAGAAGACAUUUUGUGCAGGUACAAGUUGGGGAGGUCAUGCCAUUCAUUGAUGAGAUUCUUAACAACAUCAACACUAUCAUAUGCGAUCUUCAGCCACAGCAGGUGCACACGUUUUACGAGGCAGUAGGGUACAUGAUCGGAGCACAGACGGACACAGUCGUGCAGGAACACUUGAUAGAGAAGUACAUGCUGCUUCCCAACCAGGUGUGGGACGGCAUUAUCCAGCAGGCCACAAAGAAUGUGGAUACACUGAAGAACCCUGAGGUUGUAAAGCAGCUUGGUAGCAUCCUUAAGACCAAUGUCAGAGCUUGCAAAGCUGUAGGUCAUCCGUUUGUAGUACAGCUUGGGAGAAUUUACCUGGACAUGUUGAAUGUGUACAAGUGCAUGAGUGAAAACAUCUCAGGAGCAAUUGCAGCAAAUGGUGAGAUGGUAACCAAGCAGCCCCUGAUUAAGAGCAUGAGGACAGUGAAGAAGGAGACCUUGAAGCUGAUCUCGGGCUGGGUCAGUAAGUCCACCGACCCCACCAUGGUGCUGGAGAACUUUGUUCCUCCGCUGCUGGAUGCUGUGCUGAUUGACUACCAGAGAAAUGUCCCAGCUGCCAGGGAGCCGGAGGUGCUGAGCACCAUGGCAACCAUUGUCAACAAGCUGGAAGCCCACAUCACCUCACAGAUACCACACAUCUUUGAUGCAGUGUUCGAGUGCACGUUGGAAAUGAUCAACAAGGACUUUGAAGAGUACCCUGACCACAGGACCAACUUUUUCCUACUUCUACAAGCGGUUAAUACCCAUUGUUUCUCAGCCUUCCUGAACAUUCCACCUGCCCAGUUCAAGCUGGUGCUGGACUCCAUCAUCUGGGCAUUUAAACACACCAUGAGAAAUGUUGCAGAUACAGGGUUGCAUAUCAUGUACCAACUGCUACAGAAUGUCUCUCAGGAGGAGAGUGCUGCCCAGUCCUUCUACCAGACUUACUACUUUGACAUCCUGCAGCACAUCUUCUCAGUGGUAACAGACACUUCCCACACAGCAGGGCUGACCAUGCAUGCCACCAUCCUCGCCAACAUGUUUAGCCUAGUGGAGCAAGGGAAGGUUCUGGUACCUCUCAAGGCCGAGACCCAAGCUUCAGAGAACGUGACUACUACACAGGCUUUUACCGCCAACUUGCUGAUUCAAGCAUUCCCACAUCUGCAAACGGCACAAAUCAAGGUGUUUGUAACUGGCCUCUUCAGUCUGAAUCAAGAUAUCCCACAGUUCAAGGAACAUCUCAGAGAUUUCCUUGUUCAAAUCAAGGAGUUUGCAGGUGAAGACCUGUCUGACUUGUACCUGGAGGAGCGAGAGUCCUCCCUUAAAACUGCAGAGGAGGAGAAGCGCAAGGUUCAGCUGUCUGUGCCUGGCAUCAUCAACCCUCAUGACAUGCCAGAGGAGAUGCAGGACUGAUGUGGUUGCAAGAGCUUUUGAAACUGUGACAUUCUCAACUCAGAGCUACCAUUCUGUGAUUUCCACUUUGUACACAUCAAGUUGUUACACUAAUGUCAAGCAGCAUUAGCAUGUUGCAAGGUAUAGAAUUGAUCCAGCCAGUUGCAACAGCAAUUUAAGGCAAGCUUUGACCUAAUAGUCUUUCCCUAAUGCCUUACUAUCACUGUAUCAAUGUUGUAAUGUAGAAUCUGCCUUAGCAGCAAAAUAGGUCAAGUGAGUUAACCCACUCAGGAGACUUGUGAUCUUUGAGGCAUUUAAUCAGGAUACUAUUUUGAUGAAAAGCUCUUCCUAUCUCCUUUGUAAUGAUAGUACCAAUAAGAGAUUGAUAAAGUUGUUGUAUGCAUAUAUUAUACACUCUGACCAAUUCACAUUGAGCUGCCUUUGAAAAAGGUUUGUUAAGGACGUGCCAGUGGUGUAUGGAACCAAAGCUUCAGGUAAGGGUAGGGAAAGGAAGGCAGCUACACAGUCAACCAUUUCCUUUUCAAUGAAGAUACCUUCCUAAGCAGGAAAUGAUAAUUCUUGAGAUGGAGGAUUUGGUGGGUAAGAAAUCGUAAUUGUACAUGUAUUAUAUUUCCUAUAUCCUAUAGCUAUAGAGAAUAUUUACGUGGAACUAAAGUGUUGGCAAUAAUGCAGUAGAGUUUGUAUAUACAUGUACCAGUAGGUUUGUUCUGGUGAGCCUAUGGCAGCUAUGCUUGAACAUGUCUCGCUGCCAACCCAGUCAGAUAAUGUGCAAGGCUUUGCGAGGUUGGAAUGAGUGGUAUUUUGUUUUCAUCAAGUGCACCAUAAGCGAGUGAGAAGGGUGUUUCAAGGAUGAAUGGGAACAAGUGUUAAACUGCAGGAGAAAAAGGUUGACAUGCAUUGUAAAAUGAAGUCAAAGCAUGAGGAAUGAUGAAGGCUUGGCUAAUAUGUAUGUACGAAUGCUGAAUGUAUGUUACCUUAUCUUAAGACAUGUGACACUAGUGACAACAAUUAUGAGACCAUGUCUUGUACAUGUAAAUUUUGCUAUUUGUAAAGUGUUAUUUUUCUAUCUACAUUUUUGUUAAGUACUGUUUAUCACAUUUCUAGCAGAGUUGUUAGCAAUAGUCAUCAGUUUUGUCUUGGAAGGAAACAAACACAGAAAUCUCACCUGUUCAUUUAUUGGAAGCAACUGUUUGUAUUAAUACAUCAAUGUUAUUUGUUACACAUUUUGUAUUAACAUGUAAUACUUUUUAUUUACUGAGAGGGGCAGACAGCUGUCAUCUUUAAAGAUUAGUAUAACAGUCUUUGCUAUAUUUUGUUAUCGAGUUAAAACCAUUCAAUGUUUUCUAAUAUUCUGUCACUACUCUUGCUUUUGUAUUCAUAUUAAAGCCAUUUCUCUUAGCUUCAGCCUAGGCUUGACAUGUAUAAUGGUUCGCUUUUGUCAUCAUUUGGAAAUUCCCCUUAUUUGUAAUGAAGUUAGCUUAAGUGUGUAGCUGUAUUAAUUGCAUACCACUUUGCGCUCCUGUAACUUUUGCCAAAACUACAGUUCAACAAAGCUUUCCACAUAGAAAAUAGCCAUCUGUACAUUUCCUUGCUAAUAUGGAAUGACUUGUGACUAGUUGAAUGUAUACGUACGUAAUUGCUGAAAUUCAGCACAGUGCAUAAAUUGGUGGCUCUCUUUUGCAGGGCUGUUGGUGUAAUCUUUGUCAAACCAACAUGUCAAAUCAAUAAAAGUCUGAUGACGUUGA